GAACGGCUGCGCUGAGAGUCGCUCCUCCUCCCCGCAAUCUUCUUUGUGGUGAGCCUACGUUGUGUGUGCGGCGGAAUAUUUCACCUACAUUAAGAUGCAGGGAAACAGAGGACCCCGUCCCGAGCACCACAACCACGGCCCCCCGAGACAGCAGGCCAACCCCCAGCACGAGCAGCAGAGGAAGCCGGCCGGAGGAGCGGACAACAGCAAUGGGCAGCACACAGAACAAGCUGACCAGGCCAGCCCCAAUGAUGCUCUGACUAUAGACCUGCAGAACUUCAGGAAGCCGGGGGAGAAGACGUACACACAGCGCAGCCGGCUGUUUGUGGGGAACCUGCCGGCCGGCACCACCGAAGAAGAAGUGGAGAAGCUCUUCUCCAAAUAUGGCAAACCCUCCGAGAUCUUCAUCAACAAGGACCGAGGAUUCGGCUUCAUCCGCCUGGAAACGAAGACGCUGGCUGACAUUGCCAAAGCUGAACUGGACAACACGUUGUUCCGCGGCCGUCAGAUCCGUGUGCGUUUCGCCACUCACGGCGCGGCGCUGUCCGUAAAGAACCUCCCUCAGUUUGUCUCUAACGAGCUCCUGGAGGAGUCCUUCUCCAUGUUCGGCCCAAUCGAGCGCGCCAUCGUCAUCGUGGACGACCGCGGCAGACCCACCGGGAAGGGCAUCGUGGAGUUCGCCAACAAACCAUCGGCCAGGAAAGCUCUGGACCGCUGUGCUGAUGGAGCGUUUCUGCUCACCUCGUUUCCUCGGCCAGUAACGGUCGAGCCCCUGGAACAGCUGGAUGAAGACGAGGGACUUCCAGAGCGGCUGGUCAGCAAAAACCCGCAGUACCACAAGGAGCGUGAGCAGCCUCCUCGUUUUGCUCAGCCCGGCUCGUUCGAGUACGAGUAUGCGAUGCGCUGGAAGGCUCUGAUGGAGAUGGAGAAGCAGCAGUUCGAGCAGGUGGACAGGAACAUUAAAGAAGCUCAGGAGAAGCUGGAGCAGGAGAUGGAGGCAGCCAGGCACGAGCACCAGGUCAUGCUCAUGAGACAAGAUCUGUUGCGGAGGCAGGAGGAGCUGAGGCGUAUGGAGGAGGCGCACAACCAGGAAGUUCAGAAGAGGAAGCAGCUGGAGCUGCGUCAGGAGGAGGAGCGGCGCCGCAGGGAGGAGGAGCUGCGGGCCCACACGGAGGACUUAAUGAGGAGGCAGCAGGGCCAGGGGGCGAGCUUCGCAGAGAAAAGGGAACAGGACAUGAGGAUGCACAUGGGAGGUCAAGGCAUGCCCAUGAACAGGAACCCGAUGGGGGGAGGUACUGUGACACCAGGCGCACCGAACCUGUCUGCCAAUGAGGGUGCUGGUGGGAAUCCCGGGGAUCUCCCUCUUCCCUCUCCAUUCCCUCGUCCUGGACCUCCGAUUGACUUUGGCCCCAACAAACGCCGCCGAUUCUGAGACCCUACGACACACACCUCUCUGUUUCUCUCUAUUAUUUCUCUCUCUCUCUCUCUCUCUCUCUCUCUCUCUCUCUCUCUCUCUCUCUCUCUCUCUCUCUCUUUCUCUCUCUUACUCUUUCUUUGUUCUCUUUCUUUCUUUUUCUUUAUUUUUUUUAUUUUUUUUUACAUACCCACACACUGUACAAUAUUUUUAAGUCCAAUCCAUGGAUUCGUAGUUCCUCUGGCACACGUUUUUAAAAAUGUGUGGCAACCGUGUGGAGUUUGUUUUAAGCUUAGACGAAAUAUUCAUUUACUCCUGAAGGUUUAUCAUCCUGUACCUUACAGGUGGGAAAACUUUUUCUUUUUGUAUAGACCUUUUUUCCCUGUUUUAUUGUGAAUUAUUUUCUUAUUUUUAUUUUGUAUUUCACCCAUUGUACUUUUUAUAUAGAAUUAGUAAAUUCAUUUUUGUCGGCCACAUUUUCAGAAAUACCUGCAUUUCUAAACGCCUUACAAUAAAUCAGAAUUCCAUGUUA